AUGAGUACAAGGCUGCAUUCAUCAACCACUUCUACACCAAACAAGAUCAAUUUCUGUAAGGAACAAGAUCUCCACUUUCGCCAAGCCAACAAUGAGUCUUUCUAUGAGGCGCUAGAUCGAUUCAAGGAGUACAUUAGGGACUGCCCUAAUCAUGGUUUCAAUGAGGGAAACCUAUGGAACAUCUUCUAUCGUGGCAUAGACCACAAGUACAAGCUUUCAUUGGACACUGCAAGCAAUGGAAACUUCAUGACCAAGACUGUUGAUGAAGCUAAGGUUCUUAUUGAGAAUCUUGCAGCUAGUGAUUGUAACAACUGUCCUGAUUAUGACCGCUCAAGCCGCACCACUACUAGCUCCCCUGAUUCUUUUCAAAUGACUGAACUCAAGAACAUGAUGGCUCAAGUUCUUAAGGGACAGCUCAAGCAUAUCAAUGCAAUAGAAGGGAUGAGUGAUGCUAAUGAAGAUUCAUCAAGAGAAUGCAUGGGAGAUUUCUCUAAUGAAGCCAAUGAAGAAGAUGUGAACUACAUUGGAAACUAUGGGAACAAGGGAUACAAUCCAAGCUAUCGCCCAAACCCCAACAUGUCUUAUAGAAACCCCAAUGUGGAGAAUCCUCAAGACCAAGUGUAUCCUCCAAGGUAUCCACAACAACAAAGACCUCCUUACCAAUCUCAAGGAAGUCAAUUUCAGCCAAGGCAAGGAUAUGAGCAGAGAUCAUCAUAUCCGCCCAAGGAGCCAUAUGCUUCUUCACCAAAUCAAGCUCCUCCAAACCAACAAGGUGGGAGAUUUGAAGGAAUCCUCCAACAGAUCAUGGAUGGCCAGAAGAGAAACACUAAAGAGAUGUAUGAGAAGAUGGACACUUUGUUCAGCAAUCUCAACACCAAGUAUGAUGCUGUUGCCACUCAUGUGAAGAAACUAGAGACUCAAGUCACUCAAACUAUGGAAGCUGUUAAGAGACAGGAAGCUGAAUCCAAGAAGUCCUUUUGCAACUCAGCCGCCAUAGAAGAAAGAUUUGAAGACCAAGUUCCAGAAUGGAUGCUUUCAAAACCUACUGUUGAUUGCAUGAUUUGGCCUGAAGAGAAUUACCCAGAGAGAGAGUCCAAUCGAGCUAGAAAGAGAAGACUCUUCCCAAAGAUUAUCCCCAAGACAGAUAACUCAGGAAAGUUUGCUGUGCCUUGUAUCAUCAAAGGUAACAUUCUUGAGCAAUCUUUGUGUGACACAGGAGCCAAUGUGAACAUCAUGUCUAAGAGGAUAGCUGACAAGAUAGGCCUCACCAAGAUAGAGCCAUCAUCCAUCUCCAUCAACUAUGCUGAUUCAUUCUCACAAACCCCUAUGGCUUUGUGCCUAAUGUGA